AUCAUUUCGUGCUGUAUUUUUGACUGGCAGUACCGGUAGUCGAUGCCAAAAAAGUUGCUUGAAAAUACCAUAGUGACCGCAUGUACACCAGAUAAUAUUUGUCUUCGCCAGCUUUACUUAUUAUUGCUCAAAUAUGUGUGUUCUAUUUUGGACAAUUUGGUGUGCAUUUUUUCUUAAUAUAUGUUUGAGUUGGGACAUUAGUGAUAGCAAGUUUGCUAGCAAUAAACCCAAUGUGAUAAACGAACGAAAGGGAUUAAAAAGGACAUCUCCAUAUGCAAUAAGACGAUUGAAAAGACAGGCGUACAACAGACGUGAUGACAGACGACAAGGUGGACGUGGUAAUCACAUUGAAAGACCAACAAUUCGAGGACAUAUUGGCAAAAAUCAAGAUGAUGGAGAGGAUUCAUUUGAUUUUCCAUUCCUACCUGAUUUCAAUAGCCAAGGUGGAGGUGAUGGUCAGUCAGUGUUUGCAACACCAGAUGGGUUUCCAAUCAACCCCGAAGAUUUUGGUCUCGACUGGGAGACUAUAUUAAAUGAACCAUCUAUCACAGAAAUCCACGAAAAUCUAACAUCUCUCGAAAAAUCCGUAGUAACGGUUAAAGACGAACAAUAUGAAAUUAGGCGAAGUCUUAACCGUGUUUUGGAAGAAAUGGGAACUUUAAAAGCGGACAUGGAUAUAUUUCAAAAAGUCAUGAACGAUUCACUGACCAGUGUUAUGAAAGCUCUUGUAAAAUACGACAGGAGUUUAAAAGAAGGAAAACGUACGAGUGAAAAAUUACAACGCCGAGUUAGUAUUAUAGCUGAAAUGCCAGUAAAUAAAGAACAGAUAUUGUAUAUGAGAAAUGUAUCUGAUACAACCAAAGACUACACAAAGAAACAUAUCAAGAAAGUCCGUAAAAAGAUGAAUUCGUUGGAAGAAAAUUUAUCAAAACUUCGUUUAUCAUGGGGUAACAGAAUUAGGGAUGUUUCUAGUAUGGUGAAAGAAGUGCGUGGCGCAGGAAAAGAUCACACGGCAGCCAUAGCUUAUCUUUCAUCAAAUGUUUCAUCUUUAAGAAAUGGAGUCAACGUUAUAGAAAGAGCUUCCAGUGGUAUAUCACAUACUCGGGCUUGUGAUUCUGGCAGCCUGACCUUUAUGAAUUAUCCAUUCAACAGCAAUAACUGGCCUCAGACAAGAAAAGUACGAUUUAAUAGAAAGUUUCCAUAUACACCAAGUGUAGGUUAUGGUGUAACGGCCAUGGAUACAAGUUACAGAUACAAUACACGUCUUAGAAUACAGGUACAAAGAGUGACGCCAAGUGGUUUUAUAUUAUAUUGUAGUGGUUGGCACAAUUCUCGUCUUUAUCAAGUGGACGUCGCCUGGAUGGCUUGUUAAAUAUUUCUGUGAUUGACAGUAAUCACGUAUUUCAAAUAAUUUAUAUAGGACCAUAUCACUUAAUUCAUAAUACACGUUAAUACUACACAAAAAAACAAGUACACGAUGAAUAACCCUGUUUUCUUCUAAACAAUCACUUUUGACUUAAAACAAGAGAUUGUCAGUUUCCGGAGGAGAUAGGUUUUCGAAACUGUUUUAGAAUAUCUCACGUCACCAACACGACAAACAAUCUGCAAGACGAAUUUCCAUUUUGAUAAUGCGAAUAGUAAAUUGAGAGUUAUGUCAUACUGGCAUUGUAUGGUCUAUCAGAAUUCAUUUUUAAAGCAGGAUCUUGAAUAUUUUGGUGGUUCAUAUUUUAGAUUUUAUCGACCAAGACAACGUAAUUUCUACAGCAAAUUGUUCUGGAGUUACUAUUAUUUAUAGAGCUAUUAUAUAGCUGAAAUGUAAAUAUUUUUUGUCAGACUUUUUCUGAUUUCUGUAAAUUUUGUGAUAUGUAGUCUCUUACAUUAAAACACUUUUAAACAA